AUGCAAAGUGGACCAGUAGCCGACUUUUUUGGGAUAACAUGUGACCAAGAAGGUUGCUAUAUGUUUGUUAUGAGAUUUUACGAAAAUGGAAACUUGUAUCAAUAUCUUGACGAUGCCAUGGGAGACCUUUGUUGGAGAGUUAUAGUUGAUAUGCUCUGGGGGAUAGCUAAUGGGCUUGAACGAAUUCAUGAACAUGGACUUUAUCAUGGUAAUCUUCAUGGAGGAAAUUUAUUAGUAGAAAAUGAACCUGUAUCAAUUAAUACAAGAAUUGCCGAUAUCGGCGAAUUAAGUGACAUUUUAGGGUGUUGGGUUACUGCUAUCUGUGAUGAUCCAUACCCAUCUCGAAUAUCUGAACAAUUUGAUGAAGCUGAGGAGAGAAAAUUUUUUGAAUUAGAGAACAAACAAUUUAAACGACCAGAGGUUCACCCUCUGGCAAUAUAUAACAGUCAGUUUAUUCGGUUUUCUGUUUCUUAA